AUGCCUCGGACAAAGAUCAUCACCGGCGAUCAGCCUCGGUUGAACGACCAAGAGACAACCACACUGCAGUCCCAUGUUGAGGACUGGGAGAAGGCAAGUGGAACUGAGCGACGACAGAUCUUUAAAGUGGCCACAAGAGAGGCAAAACUUUUCGCUCCAAAGAUGGACAAAGAGCUCUUGAAGCAACGAAAAGAGAGAUACAGGCUCAACGAUGAUGAGUUGGAGGAAGCCCGGGCAAAGGCCGACCAGUGGACAAAUCAAGUGCCUGACCCUGUAGUCCAGGCCAAGACAGCUAAGAAGAAGGGCGAAAAAAUGAUCAAGCACUUCGCGAAAGAGAUGUUUACUCAGGCCGGUAUGAGACUCUUUGUAUUGGGUUCCUGGAAGGAUGAGAAGGGUGGCCUACUUACAUCUGGGCAAGUUGAUACAAUCGGUCGGUUUGACUUCAAUGAACACCUUGAGAGAGGAUCCAGCUUCAUGAAAUGCAAGGACUGGCAGGUCAUCUUACCGGCAUGGGAAGAUUUCAUUGACCAGGAUCAAGACCAAGACGGCAUGCUGCUGGGAGGCACUCGCCGAGUCCCGAAGCCUCAUUACAAGUUCGACCUGGACCAUAUGGAUUUGCCGAUAUUGCCCGACAUUAAGGGUGUCUCGCUUGAAGUCAAGAAGUCAAUGAUUCGGUCAUUCCUCACCAUUCAUUACAGAAUAUGUUGCGGAAAACGGAAGGUCCCAGUGCCUUGGAGCGACAUAAUGAAGGGGCAGUCUCGGUUCAUCUCCAGCACAUUCCUGCCAAAUGAUAUCAAGAUCACAGACCCGUCCAAAAUGCAACGGAAUGAAGCCAAUGCCUUGUUGGAAUAUUGGCUGGACCGACAAGACAACCAGGUUGGACUAACAUUGAAGUUCAAAGCCUGGAUUGACGACAAGGGCAAGAUGCAUUCUCCAGUUGGCGAAGGGUCUGAUGGCUCUGAUGGCGAUGCUGAUGAUGAAGGCUUAUGGCCCAGGCCAACUACAAAGUCAUCGGCCAACGCUGCACUCUCAUCGGCCAGACUUCCAAAAAGGCCGCCAAGGUUCAUCAAACAAGCUCCUAUCGGUUCUGCCAAUGAAGAGUCUAACAACACCGAUGCCCCCGAACGUGUGGAGAAAGAUGCAAUGACAGCACACAGUGACCGGGUGGGGUGCGAGUUGGAGUCAGAUGACCGACCGCGACCGAAGAGCUUGCGUAAGAGAGCCACAAUUGAGCCUGCCAUCAUCUCACUGCCAACAGACUUCGCACAAAUGGGCCGACCGGUGGUAGAGUUGGUCAGAAAAGUUACUCAUAACAGACAAGCCACUACCGCAGGCAAGACCGGCAUGCCCACUGAACAGGUGACCAAGGGAUCAGUUGAUGAAAGUGGUGGCAACACUGCACCCAAAGCCGGCUAUGACGCAAGUGGUGCUCAUCAUGGUGGCCAGCACAUUCGUAGCUUCGGCCCACAUUCAACUCGUCGGGGUAUGGAACAUCUUCUUGCAACACCAGCAGCAAAUGACCAGUCGACCAAGAAGACCAAGGCAACUAGGAAUAUAUUGCCCGCGGAAAAUGACCGGUUGCCGAGAAAAUUGCUUGCCACCAGAGCCAGGUCACCGGCGCUGAAUGACUGGUCGCCCUCGCCCGCAGUAAAUGACUGGUUGCCAAAGAAAUCACUUGCCACCAGAGACAGGUCACCGGCGGUGAAUGACUGGUCGCCCAAAAAGACCAAGGCUACCAGAUCGGUGGCUCGCUCGCUCUCUGAUGCACCAGCCAGGGGUACAAGGAGUAAGAUUGGCAAUGGGCUUGGCGCCCGAAUUUGA